UAGGCCGUGUUUGUGGUAAUGAAGCUGGAAAAUGGGCGAAGUGGGUGCCGAAAGGAGCUGUAGCAGAGAGGAUCUUGAAAUUGAUCUCCAAUGCAACUUCGAGUCCCAUUUGCUAGUUCGUUUCCUCUCCCACCACGUUUUUGCAUUCGGUGAACCCCAGAAUCAAAUUGGUAUGGCUUCUGGCUUUUGUUGUUUUACUGGCAAGAUCAAAUAUAGUUAUGCGCUUUGCAUUGGUCAUAUGCUUGGCUCUUUUAUCAAUAUGGAUCCUCCCUACUCAUUUGUGGAUGGUAAGCCUGAACAUAAGUAGCUCGUGAAGCAUGAACAGUUUUAGGAUGUAAACAAGUACAAGCCUCAUCUGUUCAGCAUUUCUUGUGACAAUGCUUUCCAUUGCAGUAAAGUUUCCACAGAAAUGGUCUUUAGAUAUCAUGAAGGCAGUAAAAUCUUGUUAUUUGAUAUUGAGAAAAUCUGAUUGAAAUAGGAUCAGCUGAUUGGACUACAGAUGAAUUGGGUAAGACCCAGAAAUUGCUUUGUCUUGUUCUAGUUAAGAAUUUAGAAUUAUCAGUCUUAUGUUUAGCUUGAGUUAGUCAUUUAGAAGUAAUUUCGUGUGCAUUAUAUUGUCUUUUCUAUUAUUUUCUUUUCAGUCUUUUCCUUUCUUUUCUUUUUUUUUUUCUAACAAUGUAAAUCGAACUUUUGAAGAUAUUCAACCCUUGUAAAAAUAUGAAGUUUCUACUGAUUAUUUUUGAAUACCUUUGGUAGGAUCAAUUGGCAAGAGUGGGCUUGCUUUCUGGUUUGUUAUUUCUUAUGCUGGGAUUGGGCUCAGAUGGUGUGCUUUCUCUUGUCCAGUUAAGAACCCCACCACCAGCUAUGAUGGGAUUGCCUAACAUUCCUAUGUCAUUGGGAGGUUAUUCAUAUUUAGUUAUGAAGCUAGGGCCACUGCAGCUUGCCAGAAAAGGCUUGUCAGUGGCAAGCACAUCUGCCUGUCUGACCUUCACAAUCUUCCAAAGUGCAARCCUUUGCUUAGUUACCACAACUCCAAAACAACUUGCAUCUGCUCUAAGGUGGUUUAUGCACCCCUUGAACAUGAUUGGUGCUCCAGUGGCUGAAGUUAUCCUUACCCUAUUGCCUUCCUUGAGUUUCAUCAAUUUAGUGUUUGAUGAGGUCCAUAAUGCUGCUUUAGGGAUUGUAGCUCAAAGGAUAAACUGGAAGCAGUUGACAGUAAUGGAAACUAUUGAGUUGUGGUCUCAUAGUAAUUUCUUUAGGGAUUGUAGUUCAAAUUUUUUCCAUAUAUGUUCACAGUUCACCGAAUCUUCAAAAAUAUUCAGUCAUGCUGAGCAAAUCUCCCAGCUUUGGAUUCUUUUUAGGUGCUACUAUUCUGGCUGAAUUCUUUCUAACUUGACAUCUGGUUAGCCUUGGGUAAGUUCUCAUGAUUUUCUCUGACAAUAUCUACUCCACUGGCAUGCUAUGUCAAGUUAAAUUCCCUGCAGUAUCAAUUCUGGAUCCAGGUCUACAAGUCUGAACAAUCAACUGGGUUGCCACUUGCCAAAGAGAAGAGUACAGUGGACAAGCCAAUCUGUCUAUUGAAUUUCAUGAGGAAAGAAACAUUAGAUUGUCAUUUCUUAAAAGUUCCAUUUUACUUAAAUGGUUUUUUGCAUGCCUUUCCCUAGCCUUUUAUUUCACAUGUUAAUUAUCUGGUUUUCAGGGAAAUGACUGCAGAUGAUUUGAUAACUACCUACAUGGGCAUCUCAUUUAUUUAACUUGAUGCAGCUUAAAUACAGUCAAGAUGCAUUAUUGUCUUGCAAAAUGAUUAAUUUGAGAAGUGCCUAAAUUUGCAGUUCAACAAUGUAUAGAUGGUUUCAUAUUUAUAUGGAUCAUGGGAUUAACCUUUGUAUGGAUCUUCA